AUGGCCGGUGGUGGUGAUCCAAAAUGGCAGAAAGAUGCUUCUGACCAGAACUUCGACUACAUGUUCAAGCUGCUCAUCAUCGGUAACUCGAGUGUUGGCAAAACCAGCUUCCUGUUUCGCUAUGCAGAUGACUCGUUUACGUCCGCGUUCGUCUCGACGGUAGGCAUCGACUUUAAAGUGAAAACCGUCUUUCGUCAUGAUAAGCGCGUGAAGCUACAGAUUUGGGAUACCGCCGGACAAGAACGGUACCGCACGAUCACGACAGCGUACUACCGCGGGGCGAUGGGUUUCAUUCUGAUGUAUGACAUCACCAACGAAGAGAGCUUCAACUCCGUGCAAGAUUGGGUGACACAAAUUAAAACCUACUCGUGGGACAACGCACAAGUUAUAUUGGUGGGCAACAAAUGCGACAUGGAGGACGAGCGAGUGAUUUCGUUCGAGCGCGGCAAGCAGUUGGCUGACCAGCUUGGUGUUGAGUUCUUCGAAACAUCCGCCAAGGAAAACGUACACGUAACGGACGUGUUCGAGCGACUGGUGGAUAUCAUCUGCGAUAAGAUGUCGGAGAGCUUAGAUUCCGACCCCACGCUGGUGGCUGGUGGUCCCAAGGCUCAGCGGUUGACCGAUCAACCCGGCCAGGGUGCAGCCAACGCGAACUGCAACUGCUAA